AUGGGCUACAACUGCUGCUCGCACACAGUGGAGGGACAAGAUGAGGUAUGGUGGCAGGUAGACCUACAACAGCAGUAUGUUAUAGAAACCGUGACUAUAAUAUAUAGAGAUCAGGGUACCCUAAAGCGACUUGCAGGAUUUGAGAUAUAUCUGUCUAACACACCCGACUGGACAUCAGGCGAACCUUGUUACCAGGACACCACUGCUAACCUAGCAUCCAUGUCCGCGACACAGUCCGUAACUUGUCCAGGUGUCGCCCGGUAUGUGACCAUCUACAAUAACCGGCGAGUAAAGGCCUACACUUGGUACUCAGAUCAAGCUUAUUUGGAACUUUGUGAAGUAUACGUUAAUGGUUGUCAAUUUGGAAAGUACGGAAAUGGAAACUGCGAUAACGUUUGCACGAGCUGUGCCGGUAACAGAUGUCAUCCAACAUCCGGUUCAUGUGAUACCUGCGCUGCUGGAUCUUAUAGAGCUGGUGAUCAUUGCGUACAAUGUCCCCAAAACUGUGCAGGGAAUACAUGUGCUAGCACAUCUGGAGCUUGCUCAAUGGGCUGUUUAGCUGGGUUUUCAGGUAUAUACUGCAAAUGUCUAGCUAACUGUAAUGACCAAACCUGUGAUGGAGCUACCGGACACUGUUCAAACUGUUAUGAUGGAUUCUAUGGACCUGUCUGUACACCUUGUCCGACUGGCUGUAGUACUCACACAUGUGACAAAUCAACUGGGAACUGUAUACAAUGUGACGCUGGAUUCUUUGGUAAUCAGUGUGAUCAGUUUUGUCCUGCUAACUGCAAAGCCAACGUAUGUAACAAGGACAGUGGUCAGUGUGGAGACUGUGAUGAUGGAUUUUAUGGACCUGUCUGUACAUCCUGUCCGACUGGCUGUAGUACUGACACAUGCGACAAAUCGACUGGGAACUGUAUGCAAUGUGACGCUGGAUUCUUUGGUAAUCAGUGUGAUCAAUCUUGUCCUGCUAACUGCACAGCCAACGCAUGUAACAAGGACAGUGGUCAGUGUGGAGGUAGGAUUAAAGUUUUUUGCAAAAAAAAAAAAAAAAAAAACAUUCGCAGACUUAUGAAGAUAGGAUAA